AUGGAUUCUGAACUUACUUCCCCGCCAGUUGUGAGUGCCCUACGGGAAUCAUUUGGCGAUCGCAAACCACCUGAUAUCACUCGCAAAAUCACCGCUUGUGUGGCAUGUCGAAAACAAAAGGUCAAAUGUCAUAUGCGAGAGGGACAGGUGCCAUGCUCUCGCUGCAAAAAGCGAGGUCUCCCCUGCAGUGUGAAUCGGAGCCUACAGACCCUGCUGGAAGAAGAUGUCACGUGGAAAGGGGCAAUACAGCGGAAAAUGCGACGACUGGAGGAAACAGUAGCGGCUAUGGCAGCUAAGAUCGACUUGCCAGAGCUCCAAGCCAACGAAGCAAAUCUCGAGCCUCGAGAAAAUUCCAUAGGCUCUACCGUGGAGGCUAUCACUGCAAAUCCUGGGAUUGGGACGAGUCCUUCCUUGGGGCAAACCUCUGGCUCAAAGGAAUCUCGGAACCUCCCACAGACGUGGCAGGUGAUCGAAGAUCCACCGGGAGGUCCUGCUUCUAUUCCAGCCUCAUGUGUCUCGGAAAACGGGAGAGCCGGUCACUCGAACAACCCACCAGAUUCCCGUCGUCCAGACCUGAUCUCGACCGGACUCAUUUCCCUCCGGCAAGCUCUAACACUGUUUGAGACAUACCACCUCUGGCUUGAUCAUUUCCUCUAUCGAAUUUUGGGCGACCAUAUCAGUCUAGACUUCGUCCGGAUUGCCUCCCCCUUGUUAACGGCAGCUGUCUGUACCGUUGGGGCUCUGCAUUGCCGAUCGCUUGGUCAUCUCUUUGGCACAUGCUUUUCUGAAUACAAAGGCCUUGUGGUAUCCCAAACAUUUUCAAGACAUGUAGGUGAUGAUGAUAUUAGAGGACUGUGUAUCGGUGCAUUUUGGCUCCACGAGCUUUCUUGGGCACUCAUUGGAAACGCCGUUCGAAUCGCAUCAGAGAUCAAUCUUCACAGUGGGAUAUACAAGGCGCUGAAAGGAGACCGCGACGGCUACCUCCGAGCCCGGUUAUACUAUCUUGUCUAUGUAUGCGACCAUCACUUCUCCAUUGCCUAUGGAAGACCUCCCAUGUCCAGGGAAGGGUCCAUCAUCGAGUCCGCCAGUCAACUCCUAGAGACAGAGCAUGCAACCGAGGAUGAUGCCAGAUUGAUCAGUCAGGUUAAAGAAUGGUCGAUUAUGGGUCGUGUAUUCGAUACAUUUGGCGUCGAUGUUGAUACCUCUAUUGCACCGCAAACACUACCUCAGCUACGUCGGUAUUCAAUAUAUCUGGAUACUUGGUUCGCUGAUUGGAACGAGCAGUUCAAGGCAAAUCAAAAUGUGGGAAACUACCCGCAAAAGGGUGUUGGGUUUCAUUUCCACUUUGCUAAGCUGUAUCUAUGCUCUCACGCGUUUCGUGGAAUCGCUGCGUCCACAAAUAUGGCCAGAUGGAUGUCCCCUGAGUUGGAAGAUAUUGCUAACACGGGCGUGCUAUCAGCAAUGUCUAUUUUGCGAGUGAUUGUGGAGGAUCACGAAUUCCGAUCGUUUUUGAACGGCCUCCCUCUAUACUUUGAUACCAUGCUGGCUUUUGCGGUUGUAUUUCUUCUCAAGGUUGCGACAAAAUUCGCGAAUGUGAUCAGAAUUGACACCGCCAAAAUCCUUGCCCUGGUCACCGAUACGGUGGCUGUCCUUUCGGAGAUCACACAGGAGAUGCAUGGAGAGCAUCUACUCGUUGUUAUUAGCGGAGGGUUAAAGCGCCUUUUGGAAAGAUGUCAAAUGCCCAUGCCGGCUUCACACGAGACUAUGCUGCAGCCUUCUCUGGAAGAACACCCAACUGCGUUUGAUGUGAGUUGGAUUGAGAAUAUGGCAAACUUUGAUUUCCAAACUCAUUCUCCGCAUCUCGAUGAAUGGUGGCUUCAUUACAAUACAUCGAUGGGGCUCCCAGGCCGGUCAAUGUUGUCUUGA